CAGAUCUGGCAGCGUCAACGACGGAGAGAGGCAGAUCCAGGGAGUACGAAGCUUGUAAAGCGUGUUCCAGCCAUCUCGAGCGAAACAAGCUUCGAUGAAUGAUUUGGCGGCAGCCCCUUUCUCUGGAUGCAUCCCAUCACGAUGAUGAGCAGCUCUCUGGGCCACACGGUGAAUCAGCUUCAACGGGCCACUCGAUCUAUCGCCACUCAGGCCGCAGUCAAGCCUCCAGCCGCCGCCUUUCAGCGCGUCCCUGAUGCUGCUUCCGAGCUGGUGGGCGGAUCUGCCGUCGGUGCUGGAGCCACGCAGCGAAGGAAUGGCGAGACUUCGUCGCUUGAGAGUGAGUUUCGCCGUGCCCUGGUGCAGCUGACGUUUGCCUUUGAGAACCCCCAUCUGAAGCGCAACUCGCCGCAGUCGUCAUCGCUCCUCUUCGACACAUCAGCUCGUAUCGGCCCCUCGUCACAGCAGGCCGUCUGGGAGAGGCUCACGGCAAUUCUGGAGCAGCAUCUGGAGCACGCGUCAAGAUCUAGUUGCUUUGCGACUGCGAGGGACAUGCUGGAGCUGCUGGGAUGUGUCAAGCAGAGCCAUCAGGCUGCAUGGGGACGAGGACGGCAAUCCGGCUCGCUUGAGGAUGCGACAGCAAUAUCCGCUGGUCAUGAUUGGGCCGUGGGACAGAUCGAAGAAGGCGAUGCUUUGGCUGCUCUUUUGGCAGUGUGCAGUCGAACGCUGGAGCAUUUAGUGAAGCGGCAGCUGAAGCGGAGAGACCAAGAGGGUGAAGGGCAGCUGCGUGACUUUAUAGGCUGCUUCCACGCUCUUUCCAUCCCGUUGAAUCAUCCGCUUCCUUCUCUUGGCCACCGUGUCGCUGAGCUGCUCGUGGCACUACAUGGAUCAUCUGGUGUGGCUUCCGAUAAGUCUGCGCCUCUAUUGAUCGACGGCAGUGACUUCACGAAGCUCUUUACGGCUCUCGAGAGAUGCUCGGUUCUCAACCAUGACGUCUGUCGAUCUUUUGAGGGGUUUAUGUCGCAUCUGCUUGAGAGGCGUCGCAUCAAGGCGGUGGGCGUGGCUGUGCUGCUCGAGGCGUAUGGGAAGGCCGUCGUGCGGGGUGAUCGCAGCGAGUGGGGGGGCCAUCUGGAGAGGGUGGUGCCGCGGCUGGUGGCGGAGCAACAUCGAUGGGCUCGCACCAUGGACCCAUACGCCAUCGCCAUGGUACAGAAGAGCAUGUGAAGACCUCGCGUUGAACUUUGGCGGCCAUGUGUGUACGUUGUCCAGGUGUUUUAUGCGUACGGGAGGAUUGGCAAGCACUACUCUCGCGCAAUCCUAUGCCUGCCCGACGAUGCACGAGCCUGGCAUGACAGUUCUGACCUGUCUGAUGCGAAUGUCAUCGAUUGGGGCCGGGUGGUGGACGCCAUUGUUACUCUGUCGCCUCGCAUGGACGGCAGCGUGCUGAUGAACGUGGCUGUGGGGCUCAGUUGGAUGCAAUGGAGAGAGAGGCAGAUUAUUGCUGUCCUUGUAGAUGUGUUUGUGCGUCUCUGCCAUUCGCAACGGCUGACGCCACAGCAGUUCUCCCACUCAAUGCUCGCACUGGUAAGAUAAGUCAUCUUGUCUGCAUCCAUGUGGUGCCCCACCAAAGCCUUCUGGGUGUCUGUUCAGGCAUCUUUGGAGGUUUGGGACCCUCGCCUGCUCGCUGCAGUGAGGACCUUUCUCUCGACAUCCUCGCAGGUCGAAACACCAUGACAUACAAAGGGACGGCAAAUGUGGUUUGUGGGUGUGCGUGUGCAGGGCUUCUCUCUGCAGCACCACUCGCUAACCCUCCAAGCCCUCACCCGAUUCGAGCACCAACGGCCGCCGUCCCCCACACGCAUCUUAGCAAAAGAGCAAGACGCCGCUUCUGCAGCGGAUAUACAGGACGGCAACGACCACUACAACCACAGCUAUUCGGCUGCUUUUCUUCCCCUAACACGGCAGAUAUCCGAUGACGCUCUGGCCAUUGACGAGAGGCAGGCACUGGAGUCGCUGACGCAGCUCGUCAUGCGCCACUUCAAGACUGCUGUGAACGGUGGAGCUUCGUCGGCAUCGCGGCCAUAUGAUGAUCUGGCGCCUGCAGACUUUGUGCACAUCCUAGAGUCGCUUGAAACAACGCGGGCACAGGUGAGGGCGUGAUGGGAUGGCCAAAGGCUGGCAGGCAUGCCGACAUCUCUGUGUUACGCGCAGGAUGUGAGCUUGUGGCGCCAUAUACUGCCAUCCCUGCGGCGAUCCCUGGAGACGAAUAGCCAUCACUGGGACCUCCACAGCGCGCUCUCGGUCUUCGCCCACGCCACAACACUCGACCUGCUCUCGCCGCUUAGAAUCGCGCACUCGCCCACCGAGCCAUCGGAAUCCCUGCACGCUCUGUUGAUGUCGCUGCUGCACCGCUAUUUGGACAUGAUGAGUCCGGUCGAUGCCCUCGUGGCUGCUGAGGGACUUUCGCUGAGCCACUACUCCGUGGAAGGAUGGGACGAGAAGGGGAGGAUGGGCCGAUUGGUGGGCGCUUUGAGGCAUAGGAUGAUAGGUGGGCUGAGGUCUCUCGUGUCGGCUGAGAGGCCCGCCCGUCGUGGUGAGAGCCGUCUGAACUUCAAGGAUGCCUACGAGCGAAGUGUCUACAGUCGAAUCGGUGAGAGAGAAUGCACACCCUGCAUGGGCAUGAGCGAGGACGAAGGAUCGAUCGGUGCGGUUUGUGUCUGCAGGGGUCGUCCUAACCUGGCUCCAGCUUUCUCCCUCCCUCAGGGCUGAUGGGCAGGAGCGAGUGCAUGCGUGACUGAGUGGACAGAACGGCAGCGUUGGUAUGCG